UGUGCACUACUUGUUUAUGCGCAAUUAUAUUUCCUUCUGUAUGUUAUUUUUAGGUGUUCUGCAAGAUAAAGAAAACAGCGCAGUAAUACUGGCAGGAAUGAAAAUCUAAAGAUGACGGAGAAAGACGGCGAUGCACCAGGCUUGUCUCUACAGAUAAAGUUAGCAGAUAUAAAAAGUACAUUUCUGUUCACCAAUUGGUAUGGAGUUGCAAAAUGUCACAUGGACGAUAUGGGAUGGGUAACAAUUUGUGGCGCUCAGAGAUCCGGUAAAACUACGCAUGCGCUGAUGCUGGCCGACCAGUACUACCAAGUUGGAUACGAGGUGCUAGCAGAAGAAAACGCAGACAGCUGUGGCCUCUUACAACCAGAGGAGUGGAGCAAACCGACUUGCCUUGUGCUAGACAAUAUUCUGCAGUGCGACAAUGUGACAGCAGAGUGUCUGCAGAGAUAUUUCGAGAUUCUUCGCAAACUAGAGAGUCGUGUAUUCAACGCAGGUGCUUUUACCUCGGAUUUCAAAUUAGUGUUGACAUUUACGAAUUCAAUGCCCAUGGUAAACAGUUGAGCGAGUUUGACAAUACGUUUUUCAAGAUACCAUCGAUUGUAAAUUUGUCUGAAAUUCAUCUUACCGAAAACGAAGGAAAGGAAAUGCUGUUUAAGCAUUUGACUCAUGCUGGAAUAAUGUAUCCAGACCUCCUGCCACUUUACAUAUUACAGGAAUUCCGUCGUGCCCCGUGGUAUCCAUACGUAUGUCGUCGAUUUGCUAAACAUUAUCAUGAGAAUGAACGUUUUCGAGAACUAUACGUUGCAGCCAUGAGGCUAAAGAAAGAUAUUCAUGCUCUUGUUGCAGACAUCCGAAGACUGUUUUCUAUCGAUAACUACGAAACUGAUAUGAAAAAAGUGGCUCUGAUAUUCGUCAUCCUGAAGGAUGGUCACAUUGCUCUACGUGUGGACGAGAGCCAGAAGGAAGAAUUUAUAACUGGACAUGACAUGUUGGAGUCUAAUUCUACUGAUGGCGAGGAAACGGCUCCUGAACUGAUAUCUCGUGUGCCCAGAUGUCCCGUGCCUAAACCUUUAGUGGAUGUUAGCCUGUAUGAAAAGAUUAGAUUAGACAAUGGGGUUGAACAACACACCUACGAUCCCACAUGUGACUGUAAUUUACAAAGCACUAUUUUAGGACUUUCUGUGAAUACAUAUGCACAUGUUCUGCAUACAGACACCGAUUGGUUCAAUAACAUGAUUGACAAAGACCGCAUUAAAUUCGCACAUGAAGAUUUAGAUGCAGUCCUGGAGGAGGCUGCAUCGAUUGUAGGUUUAGAGUCAUUUAAAGAUUCCCCGAAAACAGAAGUGUUAAAGGCAUUCUUAGUAUUAGACAGAACUCUAGUUUCUAUAACAAACAAACACGUGCUAUUCAACCACAAUGUUUAUGACGCCGUUGCUUACGUCAUGAGUGAACCUGACCCGAAAUUUGCUAUUGAUCACUGUUCGUUGAGGUUUAUCAGCGACAGGCUGGCGAUAGAUCAGCGUACUGCCCCGUUGUACACACACAUGUAUAACAUUGUUCUCGAGGACGAUUCUAGGUCCACUUUGAUCGACAGACUUAUUCGGGAGAUAAAACAGGGUCAUCUUGCUUCUCCAAUGUCCCACCCAUGUUUGCUGAACAACGACAUGUCUCAUGCUUUUCAGUACAAAUUGUUCGACAUUUGUGAUGAAAUAGUUCACUGUUAUGACAAAGGUACAGGCUAUUACUUCUUAUUCUGGGCGGCCCUAAGGCAACAUGGGUUGUGUGUAAAACUACUGCAGUCAGCAUGGUUCGGUGAAACUGAACUUCUACAGGGCUGUCUAGCCUGCUGUCUUAACGGUGAUACACAGAUGUUGAAUUUGUUGCUGGAACGAAUCCCUGACGCAGAAACAUCUCUGGAAGUCCCAGUCGGUGAUUUUGCGAUAGUUCAUGAUGCAGACGAAGUACUCAGUAGCCUGUCUCCAAGUGACGUGAAUAAGGUAUUGUUCCCUAUGGAGAAUGUCAAUUACCAUGGAUAUCCAGGACGUCGCAUGAUCCACAUCGCCAGUGCAUGUGGCCAUGUCGAUGUCGUCAGAUGCCUCAUACAGAAAGGAUGCAACGUAGAUGCAGUCUGUCUGGAGACGGAGACGACGCCACUUAUGUUCGCCAGCAACAGAGGCACUUAAAGGUUGUAGAGCUGUUGGUAGAGAACGGGGCAGACAUACUACGAGUGAACAAAGAAAAUGAUUAUGGUCUCCACCUGGCAUGCAGAGACAACCACGAGGAUAUCGUGCGCUUCUUCCUAAACAGCGGGAUGGACGUAGACUGCAGAGGGGAACAUGGAAGAACGCCUAUCAUGUUUGCGUGUCGUUUCGGGUAUGAACGUCUUGUAAGUUACCUGCUCAGCAAAAACCCAGAUGUAUAUGCUAAACCAAGAAAGGAUCUUUACGAGGACUUUAACCACAACUGUCUGCAUCUGGUCUGCAAAAAUGGCAGAGUUACAAUCGUAUAGGCCUUGUUUGACUAUGGCAUGGACAUCGAUGUGAUUUCCCACGACCAAGGCAGGACUCCGGUAAUGUUCGCAUGUCGUCAUGCUGUCUCAACAAGUUGGCUCUUCCUUGUUUUUCGCCAACAUAAAAAAAACCCAAACAUAAUAAUAACAAAAUAAAAUAAUUAAUUAACUAAUUAAUAAUAAUGAUGAUAAUAAUAAUAAUUUAAAAAAUAAUAAUAAAAU